AUGGAAAAUCCUCAGGAACCUUCUCUUCUAGAAUACGCCCGAUUCUACGGGAUCGCCCGUGAUUUCGCGGCAGUCGAUCCACUCACAUACAUCGACGAAACCACAUCUGAAACUCCACUUCCCAGGGAUGCUCUAUCGGAAUUUCAAGAUUAUAUCUACGAGACACAGAGGAACGUUGAAAAUGAUCUCCACAAAGAAAAGCUCAGUGUCAGGAAAGAAAGCGCUCGUUUGCUGGCAUCGGUGAUCCAAGAUGCCAGAGCAGAAAAAUUAGACAUAGAUUGGGAUGAGAUCCUACCUAAAUUCAGCCAAGUUGAUGAGCUUAAGGUGCAACUUCCAAUUCUUUUCGAAGACAACAUCGUGGAUACGUUGCGAUAUACAAGUCCGUUACGUUACGACGAGAACAAGAUCGAAACACGUCCUCUCGAUGAAUCCUGCCAGAAACUCGAGGAUGAGGAUAUUAAGGCCGAUAUUUUAGCCAAGGCUGACCAAGUUCUGAAGGAUAUUAUGCCAGAGAAGUUGAAGUGUAGCAGAGAGUCGAUGUUGUUGAUACAAAAAGCCAGAGACUGUGGAACUCUUCCCUUCGCAGAUCUAGAAGGUCUUUUAGACAACAUGAUGAUCUCCGGUCAGGAAGAACACAGUCCUUCGAAAUCUCCACUGUUACUUCUAUCAGACGUCGAUGAAACGUAUUAUCGAAGUCCCUCGCCAGCUUCCAUCUCAUUGAUGUCGCCCAGCCCCGCUUCAUCUGGCUCCUUUGAGCUUGAGACGCAGUGUAACAGAAGAUCACCCCAUUCAGACUCAAAGAAAUCAAACUGUGCGGUAGAACAAAGUAAGGUAGAAGGCAGUCCUAUAGGCGACGACCGAAUUCAACCAGACCAUAAAGUAUCACUUGACCGAAGCAAAGCAGAAAUGGAAACAGUUGGAGGCGACAGCGCCAUUCAGGCUACUCCAGAAGAGGAUAAAAGAAGUGAAGAACAACGUUUUCCGGGUGUUUCUCAACAGAUUGGUGAUAAUACCAACUCCCUUGAUUCAGAUUCAUCAGUCAUAUUUCUUAUGCAAGAGAGCAAGUGCAUGCCAAUCGGGUGCACUUCAACGCACGAGGGAUCAAGUCGAUCAUCCAGUGUUAUGAUUGUCGAGGGGGAAUGUCAGACCACAAGCAAGCUGUCAGAUCAUAUCUCGACUUUCGGUUCCCCUUCGGUAAUAGACUCUCUCAAUCGAGAUUCUACGCAGUAUCAGGAUGUUCAACAAUACCCCAUAUCAAAAAUGCAUUCCUCACAGCAACCAAACUCGAAAAACCAUGCUGACGGUUAUUUACAUACAUUUCAAGACCACGGAAGUGUGGAAGACAUUGUCCAAACAAAAUCUGGACAACGACAAUUGUCUGAGCAUGAUACAGCGACUCCUCAACUCGAAAGUGACAAGACGGCCAUGUAUGCGUCACCAGAUGCCGCUAUACCUGAUACCAAUACUUCCUCAGAUACAGUAUCUAAUAUAAUAGAUUGCGAAGUCCCAGUAGACACAGUGUUGGGGGGACAAAAACGAAAACACGAGGAGAGGCAGGAUGUGUCCCGGAAAGACCGCAGACUUGAUCAGCCAUUAACCACAUAUCUAGCUAACGACAAAUGCAAGUAUACGCUGCCAUCACAGUCGUCGAUUUUGGGUUCCUUGUCUACCUUUAUGGAGGCUAGAGGCCGGGUCGAAAGGCGACAAGUAACGGCCGUCAGUCCAUACUUUACCAACAAUAUGCGGGUUGAGGAUAUCGUAGGACAUCAGGGUCCAGUUAUAGAUGCUAGGAAGCUCCACGAAUAUGAAGGACGAAAAUAUAUGCUAGAGGAGGUACAACCUCUAGGGUUAGAGCUUACAAAACAACGGUAUCCUCAAUACCCUCAACUACAAGUCCAAAAUAACGAGCAACCGCUACUCUUCUUAUCAACUGCACUUCUCAAAAGCCAUCUCCCAGUUAUUCAAGGCCUCGAAAGAUUAAAGAGCCCUCCAGCUAUGAUAUACAGAGACUAUGAUGUGCUCAUCCGAAAUCAGCCCGUUCCUCGCAUCUGGGUUCCAACUCAAGUAAACACCAAACACGAUCUCCCCAAAGAGGCAGACAUCAUUGUCUCACCGACAACCGGGAUCAUACUUACUACUCUACAAGCUACUACGCAGCUAUAUCUUCCUGGCCAUAAGCCUAACCCACAGACGAACGGUACUAAGUGCAUCAACUCGCCGCUCCGCGAACGUAUCUUCCUCCUAGCUCCGCGAUACAAAUAUCUCUACGUAUUUGUUGCUCAUGGCACAAGUUCUCCAAGAAGUGGACGAGGGGAUGCUUCACGAUGGACAGCGGAUAGACGGUUGUUGGCGUCUUUUACAUCACUAAUAGCUUUCUGUGAUUCGAUGUCAGCGGAUUCAACUAUCUCUCCGAUAUUGAUUUCCCCAUCGUCUGAUACAAUUAUAGGAUGGAUACUGGCACUAGCUCACAAGCACGCUAUUCAAUUGUCUACUGAUACUGUUAAUCUACCGCAAAGCAUAGCAUUUACGCCCGUGAACCCUGCGCCGAAGAUCACGUUUGAUACAGAGGCUAUGGAGGAUGAAACUCGUUGGGAAUUAUUCCUCCGCCGAGUUGGGUUGAAUCCGUAUGCUGCACAAAUCAUAUUGACCGUCUUGAGACACAAAGCAGAAACUCCCAUACGCAACAAUGUUUCCAGUGCACUAGAUGACGUCGAGAAUGAGGUGAGCAGCCUCUCCAGAUUUAUCGAGAUGUCACCGGAGCGUCGACAAGGAGUCUUUCCAGACAUGAUAGGAAAGAAGAUUGAUGCAAUUCUUGAAAAGGACUGGCAAUGUGACUGGGCAUUGAACUUUGAUUAUUGA